AUGGGAGAAAAAUUUAGUGUAAUCGAUGUUCUUUCAGACACAAAGUUAAAAAUUUCUGGUAAUUUCAAUACUUUAAGUGGAUUUGAUAAUUGGAUGAAUUUCCGCAUUGAGCCAAAAUCCAAAUUAAAUGGUCUCAUCGAUGCUUAUAAAUUAAUGUUUGAGAAAUAUCCAGUUGACAAUUGCGUAGAUCUUGAACAGAGUCGUCCUCUUCAUUUGAAGAUAGUUCUUGAUCUUGUGAAUCAUGAUAAAAUCGAAGAAUAUGAAGAGAAAUUUGAGGAAUACAUUUCUGAAAUUUUUAAAGAUUUAAAGAGUUCCACAAAAAAGCCCUCAACACUCCUAAAAAAAUUUUCUACGUCUGUCAUUACUUUCAAGGAAUUUGAUAUUAAAAAUGUAAACUUUCAAAAGUACUCAUCAAAAUAUAAAUUAGGAGAUUGGAUUAAUCAACUUUGUUGUUUGAUUCCUAUACAAAUUGCAGUAGCAAAAAUAACUUGUUUCAACCUCUCAGGGAUGGAUUAUCUUUCAAAUGUUGAAUUUGAUGGCUAUGGACAUGUUAAUAAUAUUACAGAAAACAUUUCUUUUGGAUGGUACGAAGGGAUUUUCAAACAUUUCGGUGAUAAAAAAGUAAAGGUUGUUUCUAGUAUGGGGGAACAAUCACGCGGAAAAUCGUUCAUGCUAAAUCUUCUUGUUGGAACUUCCUUUGAUGGCUCUGCAAUGCGUUGUACUGAAGGUGUCUGGAUGUCACUAGUUAAUACCAAGGAAUAUAUAUAUGUCGCACUUUAUUUUGAAGGUUUAAAUUCUCUGGAAAGAAGCCCUCAAGAAGACAUAUUUUUAACACUUUUUAAUACUGUCAUAUCAAAUCUCAUACUAUUUAAGGCAAAACUUUGUGUUAUAAUCAAGGAUGUACCUAAGGUUGAUAAUGAAGGCAUUGUUCAGGAAUUUGAUUUAAAAUUUUCUCAAAUAGAAGGUGAAAAUAAUUCCAUCUCAAGAAUGUAUCAAGGUGGAUUGGAUAUUAUUCCUUGGCCAAUGUUUAAUGAGACUGCAUGGUUGAAAACAUUAUCAAAAGUGAAUCUUAGGUUAGAUAUGUUGGAAGCCAAAUAUGACAAUGCACGGACUUUUCUACAAAGUACGAAAGUAAUUAUGGCUAAAUUAAAGAAUUGUGAUUGGAGAUCGUUAGACGAAAACCUCAUACAAAUCCGCGUUGUUUCAUUAAAAAAAUUACUAAUAACUGUAAUGGUAAUAAUUGUUUUAACUUCACUGAUUGAUGACCCAACAGCCAAAUUUUCUGAAAUUUUACACGACUUCAAAAAUUCCGAUCGAAUAUUACCGGAUUCUGGUCUCCAAUUAUAUGGUGAAUUCGAGUCUUUUGUCAAACUUUCUGAAAAUUUAAGAGCUUACUUUAAAGAAAAUGUACAGCCACGAAAAGACUCAUCUGAUGAUGCCAAAUGGUUUGCCAACUUGAAUAGAUUCAUUAACUCUAUUGUUGAACGCAGAGUUUUACGUGUUCAAGAUUGGUAUAUGCAAAAUACUGCCCAGUUUUCUCAGCAAAAUAAUCAAAACAGCGACAUUGUUAUCGGCAAGUAUGCAAUGGAGCAAGAAAUAAGCAAAUUUAUAAUUUUAUGGACGUUGUGUGGAUUAACAUGUCAUCAAUGUGGUCUAAAAUGUGUUAAAAAUCGUGAUCACGAAGAUGAUCAUGAUUGUUUAACUGAUCAUAAGUGCAAUUAUAUUUGCCAUUUUACUUACAGCCACAACAAAAUAAUGGUAUGUGGUCAUGAAGCUGGACAUGAAGGCAAGCAUGUUUGUAAUGAAAUGAGUCAUUCGAAUACUUCGUGCGGUCAAUUAUGUAAUCUUGUCGAUAAGCGAAAUUGCCUGACUUGCUCAUUAUCAACAAAAUUUUCGAAAGGAGAUUAUCAUUGUCCUAAUAAAUGUAUCGUACCAUAUGAAGAAGAACAUGAUUUACAUCGCUGUGAAAAUGAAACGUGUCCAAUUCAAUGUUCAAUUUCGGAUUGUCAGAGAAAAUGUCAAAGAAAUGAUCAUUUUCACUCUGAUUCUAAUUCGCAAGUGGAUCAUUUUUGUGGAAAUGAACAUCAAUGUCGGGAGUUAUGCGAAGAUGAUGGAAUAUGCAAAGUAAUACUUGAACCCAAGAAACAAGAGGAGGUUUAUAAAGGAAUUGAAGAAACUUCUACUAAGUAUAUUCAGUUAAGUGAAAGAUUGAAAUGUAACAUAAAGAUUCCUCCAAAUGAAUUUAAACAUACUGGAAAGCAUACGCAUCUUACAAAUGAUAACCUUACACAAGAAUAUGGUUUUCAUUUUUGUGAUGUAAAAUGCCAAUUCUGUGAAUAUUAUGUAUGUAUCGCAAAAAAAAAUCCUUUGUUUGUUUAUAAUAAUAUGCUAAUACAAUAUUUAAAUUUGUGUACUUUACCCUAUGGGCACACGCAAAUACAUAGCACAUCACAUGGAAAUAUGAUACAACCUGAGUUUACUAGUGUAGAUAAUGAAUUUGAAUAUGCAGGACAUAAGUUAAGAGUUGGUGAUCGAGGAACUUUUGUUCUUUGUAACCUGUUUUGUAAAGAUUUAGGAAGACACCGUCAUAUUGAUUAUUGUCAAAGUCCAGAUAUUUGUCAAGGACAAGAUAUCCAGCAUAAUAAUGAACAAGUGCAACAUAAUCCUAGUAAACCAAAAGAUUACAUUUCUCACAAAUUGUUCUGUGAACGAACGGGUUUUAAAGAUCCUUAUUCUGUUCAAGAACAACAAGAAUUUGCGAAAUGUGAUCAUGAAUGUCCCGAUGAAAGGCAUCAUAAAUCUGAGAGAUCUACAAGCGAAUCUUUUUGUGAAUUACCUCUUUUUCAUGCUCAACUUGAUCCGAAUUCAAAUCCCCCUAAUGAUAUUGGAUAUAUAUCCAAAGAUGGACAUCAUUUUAAUUGUGAGAAUCCAAGUUCACGUGCAACUUUUCAUAUUAUAUUUGUCUUGGAUCGUUCAUCUUCUAUGGCAAGACCAAUUCAAGGCCAAUUAAUAUACAACAUUUUUACGUCCUGGGAUCCUAACGGUCAUAAUAGGCUUAGCGCAGUCUUUCACGCGGUGUAUCAAUUUAUGAAUGCACGUAUGAAUUUUGUUCAAACAAAUCAACAUCAAGUCAUACAUGAUAAAUUAUCUUUGAUCUUAUUUAAUCACGAGUAUCAAGAUCUAAAAGAUCCGAAGAACUUGUUAGAUAAAAUGAUUGAACACCAACCUUGUGGUUUAAAGAGUUUCGAACUCGCAAUUCAGAAAGCUGGAUCUUUGAUUUCAUCUCAUUAUUAUUCCACAAGAACAAAUAUUGUUAUAUUCUUAUCUGAUGGAGAAUGUGAUUCUCCAAAAAUGCAGCUUCAUGAAAUUUGUAAAGAAAAUCAAACCAGAGGAUCUCCAUUAUAUUUCUAUACAGUAUUAUAUAGCAGCGAUUCAAAUAGUUCUUCUUUAAAAGAAAUGACAACGAUCGCGCAAUCUUAUCACACCAAAAGUACAUCAUCCAGUAACCUACGCUGUCAAUUUACUCAUUCCACCAAUAAAAUCCAUUUAGUUAAUCAUUUUACUAGAUUGGCAAAAAAUUUAAUAUGA